GAAAUUAGUUAAUUUGUUUUUUUUUGUGUUAGUAAUUUGUUUUUAGCUUUAUUGUAAAAAUAAUGAGUUUAUUAAGUGCUGUUCUAUUGGAAGCUGACAAAGCUACUUCGAAAGAUAUAAAAAAAUAUCUCGAUGAGUUAGUACCGAAAUUAAAAGAUCUCACUGAAAGAGUGCAAAUGUUAUCCUGGUCGUUACAACAAAAUUUUAUCGACACAUACUUACAUUUUACACCCACAAAAAGUUUGGAACAAUUAAAUUACAAAAACCGGAAAGCGAACAUACUCUCCGACUAUUCGAAAUUCAUACAAGAAGUUACAUUAUUUGAUGAUAAAUUUGACAACAAAGACGCAAUAAUUGAAGAUUUUAAUAAUAACCGUAAAAAAUUAGAAAAAUCUAUUAGUAAUUUUCACGAUCUUUGUAUCGUUGCUGAAGGCAAAUGGAUAUUAGAUAAAGCAAAUCAUGAAUUUGGUAGAUUUAAUUACACUGAAGCUAUACUAAGUAUUAAGGAAUUGCAAAGCAAAUUGCGUGAACUAAAAUUUGAAGGGAAUGGAAACAAGGCACUUACUAAUGUAACUGCUCAAGCAGACACCCAGUUAGCAAUAUACACAGCCCAGUUGAGCAUUGAGUGGGAAGAUAUAUUUACUUGGUCAGAAAAAAAGGGAGUAAACUGUGUUAUAUAUUCACUGUCAGUACUACAGUGUGACCCAAACCUUAUACAGAAAAUAUUAAAAUCUUUAUAUGUUACCGAGAGAAUGAAUGCAGAGCUUGGUGAAUUUUCACAUUUCUUUAUAGAUAAAUUACUACACAACGUCAUCAAGUACAACUGCGAAAUAUUCACAGAAGACCCGAUCGGAGCAUUGGUGUUCAACAUUAAGAUAGAUUUGAACGAAAGAAAUAAACCAAAUUUCCAAACAAUAUUGAACAAUUUAACGGCAAUAUUUGAGUUCCUCCAAUCAACAUUAGGUACUCAGAUGGAAGCUGAUAAGACUUUCAUUGAGGUAUUUUCCGAUUGUAUCCAAGAUCAAUUUUUCAAUAAAAUAAUCGACAACUGUAUUAAAAAUAAUUUGCCAUCAUGUGACAGUAGUUACGAGAAUUACAAGAAUAUCGUUGUAGAAUUGGAUUCAUUCAAUAAAUUCUUAAUUGAACUAAAAUUUGUUGAAGCAUCUGAAUCACCGCUUAACAAAUUCAUAAAUGAUACUGAAUGUGUCUUAUAUAAUAAAAAAUGUGAUAAAUUAUUGUCUGAUGUACGUAUUAUGUUAAACAAUAGCCUCUCACAUGGUACUAUAACCGUAGGUAGUAGUAAUGAAAUAGAAAAUGACUCAAUAUUAGACGUUACGCAAAAAGAGUUUGUAUAUGAUUUGAACAACCCUCUGUUUUUGCCAAAAUGUGUGGUAUCACAGAAUGUUAAACAGAUCAUGUCUUUGAUUGUGGAACAUUUAGAGGAGAGUGUGAAACUCCCAGACAAGUAUAGCAAUCAGUUGGUUACGUACAUAAAAGACAUAGCAGUUAUGUAUCAAUGUAUAGUACCCAAGAAAUUUAAAGUUAAUUUAGAGUGCUGUCCUCUAGAUAUAGGUAAGAAAUAACAUUCUUAUAUAUCAAAGCUAUUUAGAACAUUUACAGUAAUAAUUAAAAUUAAUAUAUUUGUACAAUUUUCAGCUCUAUUUUUCAAUAAUUGCUUUUACCUGGCACAUAGUCUGGUUGGUCCACCCUGGAAGAUUACCAUGCCAGCCCCUUUAGCUGAUCUCUUGAACACAACUCUACUAGAAUGUAUACAAGACCUAAGAGUGCUGGGCUUGGAGAAAAUGUCUCUCUUCUUGCAGUUUCAGAAAAAUCUUAUAACACAGAAAAUAGAAGCAAAUGAACUGCCCUGGACGUAUGAAUCAUAUGAAACCUUUGACUGUGCUGUUAACUUUGCCGUCACAUUAAUGCAGGAAUUGAAAGAUAUGUGGUACAAUGUUCUACCCAGCCGCAUGUAUGAGCUGUCCAUAUGCACACUUAUAUUAGCUCUAUGCCAAUCUAUGCUCGAUAGAAUAUUUGCAGACUGUAAGCCUAUUUGUGAGGAUUUGGUUUAUAUGCUGGCGGUGAGAUUUGAAGACACAAUUGCAGAAAUUACAACACUAUUUGAGGGUCCCAUCAAGUUCGAAAACAAGAUCAAUGUCUGGAGCAAGUUCUUAAAGAUGCCGCAGUUGUUAAAGGCGCAGAUGCUAGAAAUAGCUGAUCUUUGGCAUAAAGACAAGGAAUUGUCUCAGAGUUAUGCUUGCGAAGAUAUAAGACUUACGGCAUUCCUGAUCACAGCGAUAGCGAUCGUCGUCAAUGAACGUGUCGUGAACGCACAAAAUGUUAAUAGCGCGGAUCAAAUGGCUAUGGAAACGAAGAACAAAGCUAUGACAAUUGUGGAAGGGCCAAAACUCAAUAAACCAAUACAACCUACUCAAUUAGCGAAAUCAAAUCGGACUAACAGUCCGGAGUUGAGACCGUCGAGUAAACCGCCUAUACAUCUCACUCCAGACAAAAAAUUCUUCUACGACAUGCCCCAACAUUUUUAUAAUUCAAUGCCGAAGUUACACGCCCCUCCUCUACAUUUAUACACUAAAGAACCGUUGAAGCUUUCUAAUUCAGUCUACAAAUUCCCCAAUGUGAUUCCAAUACAACGGGGGAAUCUAUUCUACCAAAAGCCAACGCGACAACCGCUUGUCUUCGCUGCAUCCACCGGCAAUCCAUUAGUAGCAAAAAGUCCAAAGUUCAGUCUACCAGUUCAAACUAUUAAUGGUAUAAGGACAGAUUUCGUUAGACCUCCAAAAGUUGCUAAUUUGUCUACAUCGACGUCAACAACAAUUGCCCCUACGACCACUCAAAGAAUAUUACGAACAAGGCGAAUAUGGCCAAAAAGGAUUACAGAGAAGAUGAAUUCGACAUCUUCUCAAAAUGUUUCCUUUACAUCCGAAAAGUUAUUAAGGAAUGACACAACUAAUAGUACUGAUUUGGCUUCAUCCGCUAGCCGUCUGCGCACAAGAUAUGCCGUCACAGAAACUCCGAUUUCAUCAACGUCUUAUCAACCUACUACUCGAGGCUAUCGUAGAGUUACCAGAACUUCAAGAAUAAAGCCCACUAAAGCCCCAACCUUCGAUCCAAUAAAACCCAAUGAUUGGGUACCGAUCGUACCAUCUCACUAUACUAAAACGAAAACAAAUUCUCAAACACCUAUUACUAAAAGGUCGGAUGUAUUUUUACAACCCUACGGAUUACUUCCCGUAGGUCAAUCAUUACAGAAUGCGCAUGCUAGAAAGAAGAUGGUUUUUUUUCGUAAAAGAAAACGGCAGAUGAAUCCUUACGUAUUUACACAAGAAUAUAAUCCUAAAGUAAAUAUAUAUCCGCAACAACAAUUUGUUUAUGAUGACCAACGAGCAGAAGGAAGUCAGAACCAACAAAACGUUGUAACGAAGAUUAAACAUCACCAUCAUCAUCAUCACCAUCGUUAUAUCAAAACAGUGGAGAAGCCAGUCAAGGUACCGUAUAAAGUAGAAGUUGAAGUACCAAAACCAUAUCCAGUAGAAAAGAAGGUUCCAGUGCCAGUGCCUGUGGAAAAGAUAAAAGUUGUGGAUAGACCAUAUCCAGUUCAAGUAGAAAAAAAAGUUCCAUAUCCUGUCACUGUCAAAGUUCCACACCCGGUCCCUGUGAAAGUUGUCGAGAAGGAGUAUGUACCCAAACCCUACCCUAUUGUACAUCAUGUCCCGAUUUUCAAACAGGUUGAAGUUAAAGUACCAACACCGGUCGCUGUUCAAGUUGAAAAACGAGUGCCCGUUCCCGUCAAAGUCCCAUACCCUGUGGAGAAACGAGUUCCCGUACCAGUCGAGACAAAAGUUCCUUAUCCAGUACCGGUUAAAGUUUUUAUACCUCAACCGUAUCCUGUUGAAAAGAAAGUGCCUUAUCCUGUAGAAGUAAAAGUUAGAGAACCUGUUGAAGUUAUUAAACACGUGCACGUUAAGGUACCAUAUCCACAACCGUAUCCAGUAAAAAUACCGCAUCCGAUACCUUACACUGUUGAAAAGAGAGUCCCAUACCCUGUUAAAGUUGAGAAAAAAGUCCCGUAUCGUGUUGAAGUACUAGUUCCUCAUAAAGUAGAAGUUGAGAAAAGGGUUCCGGUCUACGUCCCACGACCUUAUCCGGUAGAAAAGAGAGUUCCCUAUCCUGUAAAAGUUCCGUAUCCAGUGAAAGUGCCUGUUAAAGUACCAGUCCGAGUGCCUGUAGAAGUGCCUGUGUAUAUCCACCAUCCUUUUCAGAUCAUAAAUGACGACGCGAUGGGAGUCGGAGAUGGCGGCAACAACUAUUACCCCGCCUCUGAAAGCAAUUAUUACGCAGACGGAGAAGAAAACGAGUAUGUUAGCCGUUCGGAGACAGAAAACGUCACGAACAGCCCUGAGCAUACCGUCACUGUUCACGGGAAAACUGGUUUCACCGGCUUCGUAUCGCGGUCUGAUAGUGAAUCCACGACUGCAAAAACAAUGUCGACGAAAUGA